CUUUGAACCUUCAAAUAUACUCCCCAUUGUAUUAUUUAUAAAAGGGGGUUUGGAUCUUCCACUAUGACAAAAUCAUGGUCAAACUUUUCCACCUACUCGAAUAUUGCCACGUCAGUAUAAAAAUAUAAUAUGUGGGAUGGUUGCAGAUGUUGCUUACCGUAGAAAAGCGCAGCUUACAUCGUCUCCUUUUAUUAAAAGCGCCGGCUGAAGGAGAGCCAACUACACGCCCGGUCUCUCGAACCCACCCAACACGCAAAGAAGCCCAAAGGACACCAUUUUCUAUUCCGUCUCUGUCUUCGCUUCUCUAGCCAGCAAAACCUAAGCGUCGGCAAAUAUCUGCGAAGUUAUCAUGGCCAUGAGAAUGGGGCUUUUAUUCCUUCUUGUGUUGGGUGCUGGCUGGGCUUGUGCUGCUAGACAAAUGGCAGACACUAGGCUUUCUUAUAAAAGUAUGGUGAUCACUGAUAUAGCAGCUACACAAGUGAAAGACCAUGAGCAAGAGAGGGAAGAUCAAGCUUCUAAUGGAAUUACCAGGAAUAAUCAAGUUUGCACAUUGUGUGAGGACUUUGCUUCCCAAGCACUUGAUUACCUAACUGAAAACAAGACCCAGACCGAAAUUAUUGACGUUCUUCAUGUAGCCUGUUCUCAAGUGCCUUCUUUCAAGCAACAGUGCAUCACUUUGGUGGACUAUUAUGCUCCUCUCUUCUUUCUGGAGGUUUCCUCAGUUCAAGCUGAAGAAUUCUGUCGAAAAGUCAAUCUCUGUCAUGAAAUGGUGUUCAUUUCCUCAAAACUCCAACAAGAUAAAUGUGGAAUUUGCCAUCGUGCUGUUUCAGAAGUAUUACUCAAGUUGAAAAAUCCCGACACACAGCUUGAGAUAAUUGAGAUACUUCUAAAGGGAUGUGAUUCAAUGGAGAACUAUGCAGCAAAGUGCAAGAAGUUGGUUUUCGAGUAUGGUCCUAUUAUCCUUGUCAAUGCAGAACAGUUUCUGGAAACCAGAGACAUAUGUACUAUGUUACAUGCCUGUGAUUCAAGUAUAACCGGUAGUGGGGAAGCAGCAACCGUGGUAAAGGCUGAUUCAUAAUCAAGUGGACUGAAAAUGAGCUUACUGGGUAUUCUUCUUUGUGAAAUUAUUUCAUUCCAGGUGUUUGAAUGAUAGGAUUUCUAUACCAUAAUUGUGCUAUUGCUGUAAUUAUAUUGUAACUAUAAUUUCAGUACUUGUAUGAAAUUAUGUGAUCUUGUGUGUUAAUCAUAGAUGUUUGAAGCUAAA